AUGUCACUGAGAUCCAGUUGAGAAGUUUUGUUGAAGAUUCACACAACCAUUCGAGAUGAACACGCACUGGAUCACACAGACAAAAGUUGGCGAAAUGAAAGGCUCUGCGAGAGAAAGAGGGAGGCUGCGAGUGAGUGAUGCAGGCCAGCCGCAAGAAGGAAUGCAUCUGCCAAAGAAUGACAGAAAGCGAGGGAAACGCAGAGGAGGAGACAGGGUGGAAAGAGGGAGGGAAUAGAGAAGUGUGUGUGAAGCAUGCAUGUGUGUGUGUGGCAUGGUUGUUGAAUGAGAGGGCCUUGUGUAGCUGCUUCUCUGCUCUAGAGUCACUUGUCAGAGCAGAGUGUGUCUGUGAGUGUGUUCACACAUGUUUGUGGGAGACAGACGACUGGCCACCGCUGCAACUGCACACCAUUUCUCAAACUCAGCACAAGCCACCUUUGUAUGCAGACACGUCUGAGCUUUCUGCUGUGCGAUGAGAGGAAUGACAGUGUGGAGAGCUCAUUACAUUCUCUCUCAGAGUGUGUUUCUGGUGGUCCUCCUGAUCUCUCAACAGGGCAAUGCCCACCCACAGUGCCUGGACUACAAGCCUCCGUUCCAGCCUCCGGAGCCCCUGCUCUUCUGCAAGGAGUACGCCAAAUUCGGAUGCUGCGACUUAGACAGGGAUAACCAAAUAUCCCAGCACUUCUAUCAGAUCAUGGACUACUUCGAUCAGACUGGGUUCUUGGCCUGUGGGAAGUACAUCCGCAGCAUACUUUGCCAGGAGUGCUCUCCGUACGCAGCGCAUCUGUACGACGCAGAAGACGCAAACACCCCGAUGCGGGAGCUUCCCGGCCUCUGCGGAAACUACUGCCAGGAUUUCUGGCUCCACUGCCGUUACACCCUCAGCCUUCUGAUCAAUAACAACCAAACGUAUGCUAUCGAAGAAGACCGGAGCAAGUUCUGCAAGUAUCUUGAGCUGAAAGAUCCCGAGUACUGUUACCCAAACGUCCUCUCCAACGCCGAGCUCAACGCCAACCUGGGAGACGUGAAGGCGGACCCGGAGGGAUGCAUUCAGUUAUGUCUGGAAGAAGUGGCCAAUGGGCUUCGCAAUCCUGUGGCGAUGGUACACGCCAAUGACGGCACGCACCGCUUCUUCGUGGCGGAGCAGCUGGGUUACGUGUGGACUUACCUGGCCAACGGUUCCCGGAUCGACAGGCCCUUCCUGAACCUGACCAGAGCGGUUCUGACCUCACCGUGGGCCGGAGAUGAGCGAGGGUUCCUCUGCAUCGCACUUCACCCGCGAUUCACAACGGUCAAAAAGGCCUAUGUUUACUACUCAGUGUCUGUGAAGAAGCAGGAGAAGAUUCGCAUCAGUGAGUUUCUCGUGUCUGAUUCGGAUAUGAAUAUGCUGGAUCACUCCUCAGAAAGGACACUUCUAGAAGUUGAAGAGCCUGCAUCAAACCACAACGGAGGUCAACUACUGUUUGGGUCGGAUGGAUAUCUGUACAUAUUCAUAGGAGACGGGGGCAAAGCGGGAGACCCUUUUGGAAAGUUUGGGAAUUCUCAAAACAAGUCCACUCUUCUGGGCAAGGUCCUGCGGAUCGAUGUGGACAACAAUGACUACGGCGCCCCCUACAGCGUCCCAUCAGACAACCCUUUCGUGGGAGAGACGGAUGCGAGGCCAGAGAUCUACGCCUACGGUGUGAGGAACAUGUGGAGGUGCUCCAUCGACAGGGGCGAUCCGGUCAGCGGUCAGGGCCACGGCAGAAUGCUCUGUGGAGACGUCGGUCAGAAUAAAUACGAGGAAGUGGAUCUCAUCCAAAAAGGAGGGAACUACGGAUGGAGGGCAAAGGAGGGCUUCUCAUGUUACGACAAAAAACUCUGUGCCAACUCAUCACUCAAUGAUAUGCUUCCGAUUUUUGCCUACCCACAUAAAAUCGGCAAGUCUGUCACUGGCGGCUACAUCUACAGAGGAUGCCAGAUGCCCAAUCUGAACGGCCUGUACGUCUUUGGGGAUUUCAUGAGCGGGCGACUGAUGUCCCUAAAGGAGAACCCAGACACUGGAAAGUGGAGCUAUAAGGAGAUCUGCAUGGGCGCUGACAAAACCUGCAGCUUCCCUAAACUAAUAAACAGCUACUACAAGUACAUCAUAUCAUUUGGUGAAGAUGAGGCAGGAGAGCUGUACUUCCUCGCGACCGGAGCGGCCAGCGCCACGGCCCGAGCUGGAGUCGUGUAUAAGAUAGUGGAUCCCUCCAGGAGGGCUCCUCCGGGAAAGUGCAGCUUCAAGCCCACUCCUGUCAACAUAAAGGGCAAACUGAUUCAUUUCAGUCCUAAAGAAGAGUAUGUAAUUAACAAAAAGCCCUCAACGACUGCCAUUCCCAAACCAAAACCCACCAAACCCAGUGUGACCCCACGACCUCGAGUACAGCACACGACGCCCCGCCGGGUUCCUCCAGCGACCACCGGACACCCGUCUACACCACAUCCACGUGCUCUCAGCACCAGACCUCCGUCCCUGACCACCCCCAGACCCCCAUACUGGACAACAUCACCCAAAACCACCACAAAGACCCAAACCGGCAGACCGGGCAAGCGAGGCCGAGGCAAACCCCGGAGGAAAGGGGAGCGGAGGGGUCGACCUCGAGCCGGGACGGUGAGGCUGGUCAGCGCAGACGGACAGAAGGACCGCGGCCGUGUGGAGAUCUUCGCACGGGGCGAAUGGGGCACGGUGUGUGACGAUAUGUUUAACAUACAGGCUGCGGCGGUGGUCUGCAGACAGAUGGGGUUCGCUGUAGCUCUGCGGGUGGCGAAGAGAGCCGAGCUCGGGGCGGGAGACAUCGCAGUCAGAAUCCUGCUGGACGACGUGGAGUGUGAAGGAACCGAGCGAACUCUGCUGCACUGCAAACACCCCAAACUGGGCAAAAACAACUGCUCUCACGACGAGGAUGUAGGGGUGGUCUGUGGCCAUUAUGAGCAUGCAGUGGAGUGAGAGGUCAUGAUGCCACAUGCAUGCAGACCAAAAAUACAUCUGCUGUUUACAGACAGAAGAAAUAAAACAUGACCAAUUAUAAAAUUAUGUGAACUUUAAAUGCCCCUAUCAAAACCAAAAGAGAAUCUGAAAUUUUUACAUUUUGAAUGUAGACAAAUUAUAUAUAUAUAAAUCCAGACUGACGCAAGAGUUUACUAUUCUAGAACAAAAAUAUGAUUACAGUAACUGCAUUCACAAAUAAUACUAAUCAAUCAGUCGUAUUCACACUGAACUGUGCACUAUUUACACUGCGCUGUGAGCUGUUGAUCAUCUCACACAACCGAGACACUGCAUUAACUGUUUUUCUUCAUAUAUAUGUCCCUGGAGCACAGUCUUCAGUCUCUGGGGGAUAUUUGUAGCAAUAGCCAAAAAAUACAUUGUAUAGGUCAAAAUUAUUGAUUUUUCUUUUAUGCCAAAAAUCAUUAGGAUAUUAAGUAAACUUCCUACCGUAAAUAUAUAUAAAAACUAAAUUUUUUAUUAGUAAUAUGCAUUGCUAAGAACUUGAUUUGGACAACUGUAAAGGCGAUUUCCUCAAUAUUUUAAAUUACGUAUUUAAUUUUUUGCACCUUCAGAUUGCAGAUUUUCAAAUAGUUGUGUCUCGGUCAGAUAUUGUCCUCCUCACAAACCAUAUAUCAAUGGAGAGAUUAUUAUAGACUGUUUUUGUGGUCCAGGGCUACAUAUGAGGUGAUGGUGAAAUUCAAACAAUAAUUGAUUAAAGUAUAUCCUUCUAGCAAUCAUGAGAUCAAGGUCUUUCCAGACUGUCUUUUUCAAACAUAUUUCAGGUUAUUGCUGUGUAAAUUUGGCACUUUUGUUGCACAUAUACAUUUCUUGUACAAUUGCAAAUGAUGAUUGUUUUUAAACACAAAUGCUGGACAUUCUUUGUUAUAUUGUAAUAAUUAAAAAUGUAAAUAAAUUGUUUGCAUAAUCAUGUGGUGAAGAUGACAGAGAUAUAUUCUGAUGAUGGUUAUAUAAUAGACCAAUCACAC